AUAAGGUUGUGCAAGAAACUCUGAUAUUGUCCCGUUGUCCUGCCGCCAUUUGCCAUCCCUGUAGGAGAUAGUCUUCGUUACUUUUCCCAUCUUUCCGAUACAAUACAUCGCACUUGCCUCACCCGCCACAGAGAUCAAUCCUCGAGACCAGAAGAAGAAGAAGAAGAAGAAGACGAUGAUGCUGGGCGUGGCCAGUCUAACUCUAGGUUCAUCGUCUGGAAUGGCGUCGUCUCAGGCCCAAGCUCAGUGUUCCACUCUCGCAUUCCCAGGAAGCAGCAGAAGACAGAACCCUCUUAAUCGCGCAGAGUCGUUGCCUAUGGGAGGAUUCAGGUCUUGUGCUGACAAUAAUUGGGGUUCGUUCUUCUCCUUCAAGGAAUCCAAACCUUCAGGACCAUUCACCACAGCUGUUGCAGCUGUUGAUUCUGAUCAGCUCAGUUCUUCUGAUCCUCCCAGCAAGAGUGAAGACAACAAGUAUUACUUUGUUGUGGCAAAUGCAAAAUUCAUGCUGGAUGAAGAGGAGCAUUUCCAAGAGGUCUUGUUUGAACGGCUUCGUCUCUACGGAGAGCGUGACAAAGCACAGGAUUUCUGGCUAGUGAUUGAGCCUAAGUUCUUGGACAGGUUCCCUGACAUUACCAAGAGAUUGAAGAGACCAUCUGUUGCCCUUGUGUCGACCAAUGGUCCCUGGAUCACAUUCAUGAAGUUAAGACUGGACCGAGUUUUAUCAGAGAGCUUUGAAGCUGAGAGUCUAGAAGAAGCACUAGCCUCCAAUCCUGUCAAUCUAGAGUUUGAGAAGCCAGAAAAUUGGGUGGCACCUUAUCCUAAGUACAAGUUUGGAUGGUGGGAACCCUUUUUGCCUCCUGGACAGAAGAAAGAGGUGAAAGCCUAAGUCUUCAUUAAACAUUUAAACUUUUCUCUGAGGCUUUUUUAGACGUGUUUUACUACCUGGUAGUUGAAGUUGGUGAAAUUUCCAUUCAGCUUUGUAUUUUUGGCGAAUGCAAUAUAUCUCCUUAUAUUCAAGUUAUGCUUACAAUCUUAGGUCUAGGAAUUGCGUUUGUAUCUCUCAUGUGAGAAAAGUAUAGAUAAUGCCAUGUAAUCGGUGUUUUCUUUUGUAGUGUAAGACUUGUAUGCGAAAUCCUGAUGAUUAGCUUCCUUUUAGAAUAAUCUAAUAGCAUAAUUUGACUUAAA